UGAAACCAAAAUCUACAACAACAUUACAACGUCCAAUUACAAUGAUAACGUUUCCAAAACCUAGAGAAAAUUUAUCAUCAAUUACAAAUUAUCAAUCAACGAUGGAUUCGAUUGAUAAUCAAUCUAAUUGUUCAGAAUUGACAAUUUCAUCGACUAUUCAACAUUUUGGUCAAUACAUUUCCACUGAUCAACAACAAUAUGAAAAACGAACCGAUUCAGAAUCAACCAUCCAUAAUGAUGAUGAUAAUUUAUCGAUACCAAAAUCGUUUGAUCAAAAUAAUUCAAUAUUAUCAUCAUUAGCUAUAUCGGUACCAAAUUUAACGGUUUUAAAUCAAUCGAAUGAUAAAAAAUCAAACGAUUCGAAAAAUGGAUUUUAUAGAAAAAACAACAACAACAACAACAACAACAACAACAACAAUAAACGUUUUGCACAAAAAUUUUGGCAACAAAAUUCAAAUCAAUCAACAAAUUCCAUGAAUACACGAAACACAUUACCGAUUAAUUUAACGUCAACAAUAACAACAACAGCAAAUGAUUCAAAUCAUUCAUUAGGAUGUUCAACAUCUGGUUAUCAAUCUACCAGUAGUGGACAAUCAUUAUCAAAUCAAGAUGAUCAUCGUUAUUUAACCUAUGGUACAUCACAACAAUUACAACAAGAAUAUGGAAAAUUUUUACCAUGGCCAACAUUAACAGAAUUUCGUUUACGACGUAAAUUACGUCGUUUUAAACGUAGAGCAAGAAAAUUAUUUAAUAAUAGUAAUAAUUUAUUACAAAAUCGUUUACAAAAUGUUAAACGUUUAAUUAAAAUGACAAAAUUGGAUAGAAAAUCUGAUUCAGAUAAUAAUCUUGAUAAUGAUGAUGAUGAUGAUAAUGAUAAUGAUGCUAUACAGACAGCAACAAUAUCACGUUCAUCAUCAUUAACAUCAUUAUUAAAUCUAAUUGAAGAAGCAAAUAAAAAUUUAAUAAAUAGUUUUCAUGAAGAAGAUAUGAGAAAUCGAUUAUUUAAUAGUCAACAAUUUAUGCUUUCAACAACAACAACAACAACUGAAAAUGAAAAUCAACAACCACCAAAAUGUCCACCAAGAUUAAAACGUACAAUGUCAAGUAUUAAUGUUGGUGGUGGUCAGUUAAAAUCAAUCGAACAACAACAACAGCAAAUUGAUUCAUCAAAUCAUCGAUUAUCAUCAUCAAUUGAAUCAACAAAACAGAAAACAUUACCAUCAACAACAACAACAUCGAUGAAUUGGACGGGUAAUCGAAAUUUAACCGAUAAUUAUCGUAUUGCAUUUGUUGAAAAUAAAAAUAAUUUACAAAUAAAAAAUUCAACUAAACAAAAAUUGAAAAAUUCAAACAAUGAUGAUUUGGAUACAAUUUCAGUGAAAAGUUUGGAAUCAUAUUUUGGUCAAUCAAGUUUGAAUGAUCAAAAUCAACAAAAUCAACAACAACAACAACAAGAUUCAAUUAAAAAACAACAGCAAGAACAACGAAAUUCAAAAAUAUUAUGUGUUCGUUCACAUUUUCAAAUCAAUAAUGGUACAAUUUAUUUAGAAGAUUCAGAUUGGGAAAUGUGUUCGGAAAUUUCAUCCGAACCAUUAUCAUUAAAUGAAUCAAUUAUAAAUACAACUACAAAUAAUAAUGAUAUUGAUAUGGAUACAAAUCUAAUUGAUUUAACAUUAAAAACAACACCAAAACCAAAACUAAUUGAUUCAUCAUCCGAAUUGAAAAAUGAUUUGAAUAAAAAAUUACCGAUUGAAUCGAAAUCAAUAGAAAUCAAAUCAUCCGAUAAAGAAAUCUUAGAUUCUACAAAUGACAAUGAAAUAACAAAACAAUCAAAAAUAUCGGAAGAAAAUCAACAAGUUUUGAAUAAAAAUUCUAUUCAAAAAUCGAUUACAAAACCGAAAACAAUCAUACGUAGUGAAUCAAAAACAACAACGACAACAACACCUGUAAAAAAACCAGGCGAAUCAAAAUAUCAUCAAAAUUGUAAACAUUCAUCACAUUCGUCACCAUUAUUGAUGACAACAACAAAAUCAAAUUCAAUUUUACAAAAAUCCAAUAAUGAAAAACGAAGAAUAAAACCAAAAGCACCAUUGCCACCACCAUCUAUCGUUUCGAAAAGUAACCCUGCAAAUGGAAAUAAAAAACAAAUUCCAACAAAAAAUGUUAAAAAUAUUGGCGAAAAAAUUGAAGAAACAAUACGAAAAAUAAAAUCAAUGAAAUCAUAG